GCGUUUCGUCGGUCGACUCGACUUCCGGCUUCGGUAGGGCGCGAGGCGAAGGAUCGGUUUUCUUCUUAACGAGACCGGGACGAGAGAAGAGACGACGUCGACCGUCGUCAUGACGACCGACAGGUGACGUAACCCGGAGAAGAUGACGUAGCCCGGACCAUGCCGACCGAUCGGUACUUCGACGACCAGACCAAGAUCCCGGGAAGAUGGUGGCUGGUGUUGUCGGCGUUGGCGGCGUUGCUGCUGUCGUCGGUGGUGUUUCUGCCCGUCUACUACGCUCUGAUCAAAGGCGGCAACCGAGGACGGGCUUCUCUGUCGGCACCGCCGCCCGCGCGCACCCGCUGGACACCCCUGUGCCCGGAGGAACCCCGGGAACCCCUGGACUGUUACCCGGAGGAUCCGACGGCGGAUGAGGAUCGGUGCGGGUCCCGCGGAUGCUGUUGGCGAAAGGGAGAGACGCCCCGGUGUCGUUACCCCUCCAACUACGGGUACGCGGCCUCCGACAAGGGGAUUCCCUUCUACGACGGAUUCGAGACCAACCUGGUUCGUCCGCUGUCGCCCUCCAGAUACGGCGACGACCUGAGGAACGUGGCCCUCAGAGUCGAGUUUCAGACCCGGGAUCGACUCAGGAUCAAGUUUUACGAUCCGCAAAACGCCAGACACGAAGUGGAGCCGCCGUCCGUCCCGGAAGAGCGUUCCAGCCACCGUCCCAGGUUGUACUCCGUCUCGUACCACUCGGCCGCCCUUCCCUUCGGAGUCAAAGUCAGGAGAGUGUCCACCGACGUCGUCCUAUUCGACACCACCCCCGCCGGAUUCACCUUCUCCCACCAGUUCCUGCAAAUCACCGUAAGACUUCCCUCCCGUCGUUUGUACGGUUUGGGCGAAGAGAGUCUUCGUCCCUACAGAACUUCUGGUCGAAGCACCCUGCGAACCCUUCACGCCUCAAAGGAUCGUCCGUCCGCUCAUCCCGUCUACCUGUGCGUGGAAGACGACGGAAAUGCGCACGGAGUGCUUCUGCUCAACGGUCACGCCAUGGAGAUCGAGUUGAACCCUUUUCCGGCCGUCACUUUCCGCCUGGGAGGAGGCAUUUUGGAUUUUUAUCUGUUUUUAGGUCCCACUCCGGAGGACGUCGUCGCUCAAUACACCCAGGUUGUGGGUCGACCCGCUCUUCCUCCCUAUUGGUCCCUGGGAUUUCACAUGGGUAGAGACGGAUACCUGUCCACCGAUCACGUCAAGUGGAUGGGGGAGAUAAUAAAAGAGAAAAAUAUACCUCGAGACGUCCAAUCCGUACACACCGAGUACACUACGGGGUGUUCUUUUUCCAUUCGCAAGGAGUUCGGAAAUUUGUCUUCCCUGUCGACAGAAUUACACGAAAUCGGUAUUAAAUUAGUUAUAAGUAUUCGUCCUUCGAUAUGCACUAAACAAGAUUACUUUAAUUACGCUUAUCAAAGCGGAAGGAAAGCCAAGGUAUUCGUCAACGACACGAGAAGCAACAGACCUCUGAUCGGAAAGGUGGACAAAGAAGAAGUGGUUUAUCCGGAUUUCGAAAAUCCUCUGACCUCCGAUUGGUGGAAGACGAAUCUGAGAAGACUUUCUUCUUCCUUCGACUUCGACGGAAUCUGGAUCGAGGGGAACGAACCUUUCAACUCGGCCAACGGAUCUACGGAAGGAUGCCUCGACGACACUCUCAACAGGCCCCCUUUCGUGCCCAGAACGGGGAAAAGAAAUUUGUACGACGAGACUCUGUGUAUGGAUUCGGUGCACUGGGGAUGGGGGAAGCGUCAUUAUCACGUGCACAACACUUACGGACACAAGAGUGCCCUGGUGUCGUACAAAGUUUUAAAAAGUUUAAAAGGAGCGCGUCCUUCGGUUCUGUCGCCUUCUACCUUCGCGGGAAGCGGCGGGUUCGCGGGACGUUGGAUUAGGGAAGACAAAGGCACGUGGUCCGACAUGGUCUCGUCCAUUCCCUCUUUGCUCCAUUACAGCAUUUUCGGCAUCCCUUUCACGGGAAGUGCCAUCUGCGGGUAUCGGGGAGAACCGGAAGAGGAAUUGUGUCUGAGAUGGCUACAGCUGGGAGCCUUCUAUCCCCUGUCUCGCCAUCACAAAGCCGCCGGAUACAGAAUGUGGAUCAACAAUUGUAAUUCUAACGAGGAUGGUCCGGGAAAUUUCAAGAAAGAAUUCGUCAAAGUGGUGCGGAGGGUGAUGGAGAAAAGAUACGAACUCCUUCCUUAUCUAUACACGUUGUUUUAUUUCGCUCACGUUCGAGGUUCGACGGUGGCCCGACCUCUGUGGCAUCAAUUUACUAAAGAUAACACCACUUUUAACAUCGAAGAACAAUUCCUGUGGGGUCCCGCUCUUCUCAUUUCGCCGGCCUUACAAAAAAACGUAACUUCCGUCAAAGCGUACUUCCCCAGGGGUUUCUGGUACGACUACUACACGGGAGAAAAAUUCAGUAGCGACGGUGAAUGGGAAACCUUGUCGGCACCUCUAUACGGUUCGGCCAAACCCAUUAAUCUUCACCUGUUCGGCGGGCACGUGGUCACCACUCAGAAGAGCGCCUUAAAUACGGAACUCGGCCGAAGAAAUCCUCUGAGAUUGUUGGUGGCCCUGAACGAAAGCCGACGAGCGGAAGGAUGGCUGUUUUGGGACGACGGAAUUUCGAAUCUAGGAAACGAAUACAUCCUGGUAAAAUACGCGGCUUUCGACGACAAAUUAACGGUGGAAGGAAAUUCGGGAAGUAAAACUUUCGAGACGAAUUUCCAUCGCGUUUACAUCGAACAAAUACGCAUUAUGGGUUUAUCGUGGCCACCCGACUACGUUAAAAUUAAUAAUAAUUAUUUGUUAAAGAAGAAACAGUAUCGAUGGACUGAUUACUCCAAGACGUUGGAUCUUCAAAAUAUUUUAAUCUCCCUCACGCAAAGGACAGUUAUUCACUGGUUCGAUUAAUCCGAAACAGGUUUUUUUAAAGGUUCUUUUAUACGAUUUUUUAUAAAUCCGACGUAUAUAUAUUUUUUAACGGAUGGAAGUUAUUUUAUACAGAUUUACUGGAUGUAUGUACAUAUUUUCUACCUAACUUUCUUUUUUACGAAUAUUAAAAAAUGGUUUUUAAAUGAA